UACUAUCCCAAAGACAUAUUUGCGAUGAAUCGCGAUCGCUGGACAAUGGGCGUCGAUCCGAAACUGCAUGGUGUUCGAUCGAAAUUUCAGGGUCACGAUUAUCUCGGCUUCUCCGUACGGCACGGCCGCUUCGGUUUCUGGUAUGAUGAAUUUGAAACACUUGCAAAUCACUUUUGA